AUGAUGGCACUUUUGCCCUGGGUUUCUUCUCCCCGUCCAACUCGACCCAAAAACACUACUGCUACGUUGGUAUAUGGUACAACAACAGCCGACAACGUCUUGUGGAUUGCCAAUCGUGCAACACCAGUCAGCGACCCUUCCUCUGCAACACUUGCCAUGACAAAUACAUCCAAUCUUAUUCUGUCCAGUAUUAAAGGUACGCUUUGGACGGCAAACAUCAGAUCUGCAUCGGAGACCACCGCUGGAGAAGCCAGGCUUGACAAUACUGGAAAUUUCAUCCUUCGGACAUCAGAGGGCGUCGUCUUAUGGCAAAGCUUCGAUUACCCGGCCGACACUCUUCUCCCUGGCAUGAUACUUAGGGUCACCCACAACAUACAUGCACUGCAACGGCUGGUUUCUUGGAAGGGUCCCCAAGACCCAACCCCGGGCAGCUUCUCCUACGGUGCAGAUCCUAAUGGUUCCUGCAAAGUUAGCCGUGAUGAUGGUGAGAUCUAUAUGUCCUUUGGCAUACCCGGUGGCUCCUCAUCGUCAACUGUCAUCAAGAUCAAAAUGGACUACUCAGGAAAGAUAGAAACCCUAACCUGGAAUAGCAACAUUUUGGAGUGGGAUGUCGUGGAGGCAGAGCCUAGCCAUGAAUGCAGUACAUAUGGAUAUUGUGGUCCGUUUGGGUACUGUGAGAACACAGAGCCUAAUGCGACAUGCAAGUGUGUCGACAGUUUUGAACCAAUAAGCAACAAAGGCACGAGCAAUGGAAAGUCCCCGGAAGGAUGCCGCCGCAAGGAGACACUAAGAUGUGGUGAAGAAAAUACUAGUUUCCUAACUUUGACGGCCAUGAAGAUUCCCGACAAGUUCGUGUAUGUCAAGAAUAGAAGCUUUGACGAAUGCACAGCGGAAUGCGCUAGCAACUGCUCCUGCACAGGUUACGCUUAUGCCAAUAUGAGCACCACGGCUAUCAACGGGGAUGACACAAGGUGCCUAUUAUGGAUGGGAGAUUUGAUUGACACAGAGAAGCGCAUUGGAUGA